AAGCUCCCCACUUGUUCCACUGAAUGACUUCAGUACGACUUUCGUGUAAUUGUUCAGUUGAAUCCGCGAAACCGCGAAAAGCGGUCCAAAAUAGUAACAUUUAAUAUUGAAAUACAUUCUUGGAACUGGUCGGUAAUACAUAGUCAUCAAACCCACAUACUUUCGGGGAAAAAGAAGUGUUUCUCGGUGUUUCUCAGUUGUGUGCAUUCCAGUAGUUAGCAUUUAGAAAGACCACCCUGUUCACUUGCAGGCUGUUUUGUUAAAAUCAUUUUUACAUUAAAAUAUUGAUUAUCUUUUCUUGGUUCUCGUUCCAUACUCUUUUGGUGAUCUAAAAUUCAUUGGAUAAUUUGGAAAAAUUGUGAUAUUCAAAAAAAAAAUAACAUUCCAGAAAAAGUUUUGUAUUUUCUGAAAAAAAAAAGUUAUUUUGACCUUAAAAUUGUGAUAUAAACGAAAAUUCGAAUAUACCGAAAACGGUAGUGUGAUGUUAUAAGAAAUUUUUGAUAAAGAACGAAAUAUAUGCACAAAUUCCGAUAGUUUUGAGCAAUAAAAGAUAACAAAAUGGUUGUGAAAAAAGCUGCAAAAAACACAUCGUCUUCCACGUCUACGAGUGCUACGACCAGUGCAAAAUCAUCGUCAAUGACAAAAUCUUCCACAACAACAACGUCUACAUCUAAAGUGUCGUCUACAGAUGCCAAGGAGUCCACCUCCUCAUCGGUGCAAAUUAGUGAUGUAACCGGUUUGAAGAAAAGCUCCUCCGGUCGAUCGAUCCAGUCGAUCCAGAGUCAACCCACGGAGUAUAUCGUCACCACACCAGAUGUUCACAGCCAACAACCAGGCAAGGUUCGUUACAUUUUUGGUGGUACCCAGAUCAGCGAGGUGGACUCGGUUAUGCACAAAGAUGGCCACAAAAGAGACACUCAGAGUUUCAUCGAUCAAGAGAGGUCAUCCUCAGCUAUUUCAGUUGACCCUAACUUAAUUUAUACCACCGAGGUCGUAUCAACUGCUCCGGAAACGGUUAUACUCUCAGAAACAUCGUCUUCACAUCAUGCUUCAUCAUCCAGCAUGCAAAAGGGUAGCUCGUCCAGUUACACCUAUGAAAUUGUUGAUGGCAAAGAACGCCUGGUUGACUCCAGCAACCGUGAAUGGGGCUCCAGCCAAAAUCAACAGUCCGAUCAAAGCUUCUCGGCCAAGUUCGGUACCGGCGUCACCCCGGAGGUCAAGUAUUCGGAAAACAUAAGCGAUAAGGCCGUUGCAUUCGAUAGUGGAAAGCCCGGCGAAAGUCCAAUGUAUGAGAAGAAGGCUUUGGCUAGCAGUCGCAAAUUGGAACAAAUUGGUGACUCCAAACCCAUCGAACAUUCAAAAGACGAAUUUGAACAUUCCAAAUAUGAUAAGACCAAGAAAAAAAUACUCACCGAUACUGCUGUUUUUGAAGACAAACGAAUGCUUGACACUGACAGCAUUCUAGAAUCAGUUCCAGCGGGAAUUACGCGUGAAGGCUUGGCUAUCGACAGCGGUUUACCGAGGCAGAUUGAUAGGACAACCAUCAGUCGUACCGAUAGUGGUAUUAGCGACAAAAAUUUGAAACAUCAUCGAAAUGGAGAUAUAACAACAACAACCCAGAUAAUAAAUGAUGAUCGACUGGAUUCCCUGAAUUCCAUUGCGAAUACCAGCAGUCGUCAUGAAACUAUUCAGAGUUCCUCAUCGAAAAAGAUAUCUGAAAAUACGUCUAAAAGCAUGGCAAGUGCUACGACCACCACUUAUACUUCAAAAGUUUGGGACGACAAGACGAACACCUGGAAAGUUGUUGAUGAAACCACGGUUAAUGAGAAAGAUGGAAGGUUCAAGGGACCCGGCAAAUUUGACUCUCCAGAAAGACUGACAAGCUCAACGACAACCACUGAGUACAUAACAACCAUGCCUGGUGGGGGACCCGGCCCUCGAGGCUCACCUAUGUCUACGACCACUGAAUAUAUUACAAGCACUCCUGUAGGAGGACCUGGUCCUCGAGGCUCCCCUAUGUCCACAACCACUGAGUACAUUACAACCAUCCCUGGUGGAGGACCCGGUCCUCGAGACUCGCCCAUGACUACAACAACUGAAUACAUUACAACCAUCCCUGGAAAAGGUCCCGGUCCUCGAGGUUCGCCCACAGAUAAUCUAACUACGACUAUCCAACGCGACAUUACGGACAUAUCAAACAUCGAUCAAUCCACUAUUUCAUUGAAAAACAUCACAGAUUCAACGAAGUUUGACGAAACUAUAACCAAGAAAACCACAAAGACGGGGGUUGUUUCGAGUAUCGAUGACACCCAAAAGACAACCAGGCGCUCAUCAACAACCAGCACAAUUUCCAAUGUAGACGAUACCAAGGACACCGUCACCAGGAAAUCUACUAAAACUUUGGAAAACAUCUCCUCCGAUACCACCAAUGUAUCGAAACAAAUGUACGAUGCGAAAACCAAGACCUGGAAGGAAGUUGACGAGAAAACUAUCAAAUCAAUUCGUCCUUCUUUGGUCCGUUAUGUAAGCCAGGAAUCAGAUGGAACCUUCACGACAAUCUACAAGCGCAAGGUCUUCGAUCAAAAGACCGGCCGCUGGAAAGUUGUCGAUGAGAAAAUCAUCAAGAAUAAAAACACUCCGGAAACCAUACCAGAGAUCAUUGAUGAUGUCACCAAUAUAACAACAACAACUUACACAACAAAAAUCUACGAUACAAAAACUGGUACAUGGAAAAUUGUAGAUGAGAAAUCGUUCGUGGACAAGGAGACUUACGUGCCAACAGAUAUUGUGCACGAAAUUGAAAAAGAUCAUGCUGAUGUGGCCAAUAUAACGACUACCACUGAAAUAACCAAGAUUUUCGAUGCUGCCACCAAUACCUGGAAAGUGGUUGAUGAACGCACACACACAGAUGUUCUCGAGAAAAUCGUUGAGCUCCCCAAGCAAACAAUCUACAUUGACGAUGUUACUGAUAUUGAGAAAAUUACAAAUAUCCAUGACAUCACCGAGAAUCAGACCGACAUAUCUGAUAUAACAAAACGUAAAAAUCUAACAUCAAUAACUUCUGAAGAUAUCACGAAUGUGAUAAUCGACAAAGACACCACUAAUAUCACUAAAGUUGAUGAAGAGUAUGUAACCAAGAAGGAGAGAAUCACCGACGAUCGUGUAACUACUGAUGAUAUCAAUAUUACACGUAAAACCAUUCACGACCGCACUGAUAUCACCGAUUUGAAAGAUGUACGCACAUCAAUUGAAACUGUUGAUGAGACCGACCGCAUCGUCAAACGGGUUGAUGACGUAAAAGGACCAAAACCAUUGAAAGAAGGUCCGGGUCCAGGCAAACCUCAGGAUGAUGACGUUGGCAAAAAGCCAAAACCGAAAAAGCCAGAAGAACCGCAUAAAGAACAAUGCAUUUGUGAAAUAUGCACAUGCGGACGCCAUCGUUGUCCUCACGAAGAACCCACUGAUCACCUGAAGGAUGAAACUACAACAAUCGUUGAUACAACCACGGUUUACAAUAAUACCUUCAAUGAGAAGAUUAUCAAUUAUGCCGAGCUCAAAGCGGAAAUUGUUAAGCCCAAAGAUAAUCUCAAGCCAGAAGGCGAAUUUUACACUCCUGAGAAACCACAAUAUAAACCAGGCGAUCGUGUGGCUCCAUUCAGGCCAGUUGACAAUCUUAAACCUGAGGUGACAGGUGAAUUUACAGAUAUCACUACCAAUAAACGUGACUUUACUGGAGAUGUAACCGAAAAACCUACACCAAUACGACGUAAUACGUGGACCAAAGUCGAAGGUGAUUUCACUACAGAUACAACGAGUAAAACCGAUUUUGUGGACUACACAACUCGAGUGGACCGGACCGUCGUUACUAAACAUACUGACAAUCUAAUCUGCGAGGGAGAUAGGACAUUUGAAACGACAACAAAGAAAGACUUCCAAGACACUGAGGUUACUUAUACCCGACCCCGAAAGCGCACUUGGACCAAGGAUGAUGUCAAUAAAUACUAUGAAACCAUUGAGGAGGUGACAACAACGGAAACUCAUGACACUUUCAAAACAGUUGAGGAUAUUAACAGAGAGCGUUUGACACCUUUCAGACCUUCUGAUAACUUGAAACCCGAAGGUGAAUUCUACACACCUGAAAAACCAGGGUUCAAACCAGCAGAACGCCCAAAACAAGUUAAGCCUGAAGAUAAUCUCAAACCUGAGGGUGAAUUCUACACUCCUGAUAAGCCAGGUUUCAAGCCGGCAGAACGCCCGAAACAGGUACGACCCGAAGACAAUCUUAAACCUGAAGGAGAAUUUUAUAAGCCCGAAAAGCCUGGUUUCAAACCCGCCGAACGCCCCAAGCAAGUCAAACCAGAAGAUAAUCUCAAACCAGAAGGAGAGUUCUAUAGUCCAGAAAAACCUGGUUUCAAACCAGCUGAAAGACCAAAACAAGUUCGUCCAGAAGACAACCUCAAACCUGAAGGAGAUUUCUAUACACCUGAGAAACCAGAGUUCCGCCCAGCGGAGCGACCAAAACAAGUGAGACCGGAAGAUAACUUGCGCCCCGAAGGUGACUUCUACACCCCAGAAAAACCUGGCUUUAAACCAGCAGAGCGUCCAAAGCAAGUUCGCCCAGAAGACAAUCUUAAACCUGAAGGUGAAUUCUACCAACCAGAAAAACCAGGCUUCAGACCUGCUGAGAGACCACAACCAGUAAGACCAGAUGAUAAUUUGCGUCCAGAGGGUAAAUUUUACACUCCGGAAAAACCAGAAUUCAAACCUGCUGAACGACCAAAACAAGUUAAGCCAGAAGAUAACUUGCGUCCAGAAGGUGAUUUCUAUACACCCGAGAAACCUGGAUUUAGACCUGCAGAGCGACCUCAGCAAGUCAGGCCUGAAGAUAAUUUGCGACCAGAAGGUGACUUCUACACACCUGAUAAACCUCAGUUUAGACCAGCUGAAAGGCCAAAACAAGUGAAACCAGAAGAUAAUCUUAAGCCAGAAGGUGAAUUCUACAAACCAGAAAAACCAGGGUUCCUGCCAGCCGAACGUCCAAAGCAGGUCAAACCAGAAGAUAACCUUAAACCAGAAGGUGACUUUUAUCAACCGGAGAAACCCGAAUAUAGAUCCGCGGAGCGUCCAAAGCAGAUUAGGCCCGAAGAUAACCUUCGCCCUGAAGGCGACUUCUACACCCCCGAGAAGCCUGGCUUCCGCCCUGCAGAACGUCCAAAACAAGUUAAACCUGAAGAUAACUUGCGUCCAGAGGGUGAAUUUUAUAGUCCUGAAAAACCUCAAUUCCGUCCUGCUGAAAGGCCGAAGCAAGUCAAACCAGAAGAUAACUUGAAACCAGAAGGCGAAUUCUAUCAACCGGAAAAACCAGGAUACCGCCCAGCUGAACGGCCACAACAGGUUAGACCUGAAGACAAUUUACGCCCUGAAGGUGAUUUCUACACCCCAGAAAAAAUACAAUUCCGUCCAGCUGAAAGACCGAAACAAGUUAGACCUGAAGAUAAUUUGCGGCCAGAAGGUGACUUCUAUACACCGGAGAAACCUGGCUUCCGCCCAGCUGAACGACCAAAACAAAUCAGACCCGAAGAUAAUCUCAAACCUGAGGGUGAAUUCUACCAACCAGAAAAACCCGGUUUCAGGCCAGCAGAACGUCCCAAGCAAGUUAAACCCGAAGAUAAUCUUCGUCCAGAAGGAGAUUUCUACACACCUGAUAAGCCACAAUUCCGUCCAGCUGAAAGGCCAAAACAAGUCAAACCUGAAGAUAAUCUCAAACCAGAAGGUGACUUCUACACGCCGGAGAAACCAGGUUUCCGACCAGCAGAGCGUCCAAAACAGAUCAAACCAGACGAUAAUCUGCGUCCUGAAGGUGAAUUCUAUACCCCUGAGAAGCCGAAAUUCCGUCCAGCUGAAAGACCAAAGCAAGUUAAACCAGAAGAUAAUCUGAAGCCGGAGGGAGACUUUUACGAGCCUGAGAAACCAGGCUACAGACCAGCUGAACGUCCAAAGCAAAUACGCCCGGAAGAUAACCUCAAACCUGAAGGGGAAUUCUAUCAACCAGAAAAGCCAGGCUAUAGGCCAGCAGAACGUCCACAGCAAGUUAAACCCGAGGAUAACCUUCGUCCAGAAGGUGAUUUUUACACUCCUGAAAAACCCAAAUUCCGUCCAGCUGAGCGUCCCAAGCAAGUCAGACCUGAGGAUAAUCUUAAACCCGAAGGUGACUUUUAUGAGCCUGAAAAACCUAAAUUUAGACCUGCUGAACGUCCAAAACAAGUCAAACCGGAGGAUAAUCUUCGCCCCGAAGGUGAGUUCUAUACUCCGGAAAAACCAGGUUUCCGCCCAGCUGAACGUCCAAAACAAGUCAGACCUGAGGACAAUUUGCGCCCAGAAGGAGACUUCCAUACACCAGAAAAACCUCAAUUCCGUCCUGCAGAACGGCCUAAACAGAUCAAGCCUGAGGACAAUUUAAAACCAGAAGGGGACUUCUAUCAACCAGAAAAACCAGGAUACAGACCUGCUGAGCGUCCUAAACAAGUUAAACCAGAAGAUAACCUUAAACCUGAAGGAGAAUUUUAUACACCAGAGAAACCUGGAUUCCGCCCUGCCGAAAGACCCAAGCAAAUUAAACCGGAAGAUAAUCUCAAGCCGGAAGGAGAAUUUUAUCAACCAGAGAAACCAGGCUUCAGACCGGCUGAACGACCACAGCAAGUUAGACCUGCAGACAAUUUACGUCCUGAAGGUGAUUUCUACACACCCGAUAAACCCAAAUUCCGACCUGCGGAGAGACCUAAACAGAUUAAACCUGAGGAUAAUCUCCGACCAGAAGGAGAUUUCUACACUCCAGAUAAGCCGAAAUUCCGACCAGCGGAACGUCCUAAGCAGGUUAAACCUGAAGAUAAUCUUAAGCCAGAAGGGGAGUUCUAUCAGCCAGAGAAGCCCGGGUUUAGACCCGCUGAGCGCCCCAAACAGGUCAAACCAGAAGAUAACCUUAAACCAGAAGGUGACUUCUAUCAACCGGAGAAACCCAAAUAUAGACCUGGGGAACGUCCAAAACAGGUUCGGCCCGAAGAUAACCUUCGUCCUGAAGGCGACUUUUACACUCCAGAAAAGCCUGGCUUCCGUCCUGCAGAACGUCCAAAACAAGUCAAACCUGAAGAUAACUUGCAUCCAGAAGGUGAAUUUUAUACUCCAGACAAGCCCAAAUUCCGACCGGCUGAAAGACCAAAGCAGGUUAAACCAGAAGACAAUCUCAAACCUGAAGGAGACUUUUACCAACCAGAGAAACCUGGUUUCAGGCCCGCGGAACGUCCGAAACAAGUUAAGCCCGAAGAUAAUCUACGUCCAGAGGGAGACUUUUACACACCUGAAAAGCCUAAGUUCCGACCUGCUGAACGGCCUAAACAAAUCAAACCGGAAGAUAAUCUCAAACCUGAGGGUGAAUUCUACCAACCUGAUAAGCCUGGAUUUAGGCCAGCUGAACGCCCCAAACAGGUCAAACCCGAGGACAACUUACGCCCAGAGGGUGACUUUUACACACCUGAGAAAAUUCAAUUCCGUCCUGCCGAACGACCCAAGCAGGUUAAACCUGAAGAUAAUCUCAAACCGGAAGGCGAGUUCUAUCAACCGGAAAAACCAGGCUUUAGACCAGCCGAGCGCCCGAAACAGGUUAAGCCUGAAGAUAACCUUCGACCAGAAGGCGACUUCUACACUCCAGAUAAACCUAAAUUCCGUCCGGCAGAAAGACCUAAACAAGUCAAACCUGAAGAUAAUCUCAAACCAGAAGGUGCAUUCUACGAACCGGAGAAACCAGGGUACAGACCUGCUGAACGUCCCAAACAAGUUAAACCCGAAGAUAAUCUUCGUCCAGAAGGUGAUUUCUACACGCCCGAUAAGCCGAAAUUCCGACCAGCAGAACGGCCUAAACAAGUUAAACCUGAAGACAACCUUAAGCCAGAAGGUGAGUUCUAUCAACCAGAAAAGCCAGGCUUCAGACCAGCCGAGCGGCCGAAACAAGUUAAACACGAGGACAAUCUGAAACCCGAGGGAGAUUUCUACACUCCCGAAAAGCCUGGAUACCGACCAGCCGAACGUCCCAAACAAGUCAAACCGGAAGAUAAUCUCAAACCAGAAGGAGAUUUCUACACGCCUGACAAACCAGGCUUCAAACCAGCCGAACGCCCAAAACAGGUUAAACCUGAAGAUAAUCUGAAGCCAGAAGGUAAAUUCUACACGCCUGACAAGCCUGGCUUCAAACCAGCGGAACGUCCAAAACAGGUUAAGCCUGAAGACAAUCUUAAGCCAGAGGGUGAUUUCUAUAAACCCGAUAAACCAGGCUUUACACCUGGGGAACGACCCAAGCAGGUUAAACCUGAGGAUAAUUUGAAACCAGAAGGCAAAUUCUACACUCCUGAGAAGCCCGGUUUCAAACCUGCCGAGCGUCCGAAACAAGUUCGCCAUGAGGACAAUCUUAAACCUGAAGGAGAAUUCUAUAAACCUGAGAAACCAGGCUUUAAACCGGCUGACCGUCCCAAACAGGUCAAACCUGAGGAUAAUCUUAAACCUGAAGGAGAAUUCUACACUCCAGAGAAGCCUGGAUUCAAGCCAGUCGAACGCCCAAAACAGGUUAAACCUGAGGAUAAUCUCAAACCCGAAGGUGAGUUCUACAAACCCGAGAAGACCGUUGUGCAGAAGACUGUUGAAAGAACUAAACAAAUACGCCAAAAAGAUAACCUUAAGGUCGAGGGUGAUAUGUACAUAACCGACAAGAAGACUGUCCACCAAGUUGUAGAACGCCCAAAGCAGGUUAAGCCUAAAGAUAAUCUUAAACCUGAAGGUAAAUUCUAUGGUGUUGAUGAAGAUACACGCAAGAAGGUCAUUCGCGUUGAGAAGGUAGAAAUAAUCAAACGUGAGGAUAACCUGAAACUGGAAGGAAACUUCGAGGACCAUCGCCGAAGGGAUGACUACACAAUAGUUCGCGGUGAAAGACAUGAAGUUGUCAAGCAUCCAGACAAUUUGAAACCAGAAGGACCAAUGUUCACUCCAGAAAAACCCAAAGCACCUGUUGGCGAAAAGCGCACUCCUAUCAAGCCUCAGGACAACUUGAAACCAGAAGGACCAUUCAAUGCUCCUAAAGACACAAAGUACACUCCCGGGGAGAGAAGAACACCAAUCAAACAUGCAGACAAUCUGCAUCCUGAGGGUGAUCAUCAAUAUCCCACUAAGGAAGGAUUUAAACCUGCCGAAAGACCGAAACCAACCAAACCCAAGGAUAACUUGGUCGUCACUGGAGACUUUGAAACCAAGACAUUGCAAAAAACUGAAUUCACCGAAAAGAGAGGCGAGAGAGUUACGAUCAACAAGCACGUUGAUAACCUUAAGGUUUCUGAUGGGAAAAUUGAGACUACCACAACAACUUCUGAAACGUUCAAGAAACUUCCCAAGGACAAAGGACCACAGCAAGCACCAACACCACGUCGUCGUCAUAUGGAUUCUUCCAUUACUCUAGGCAGCGACACUACCAUCAUGAAGACCACAAACCAGAUUAACUACAACACCAACAUUACUCGUGUUAAAUCCGACAAGGUGACUACAGAGAAGGUUACGAAAGAGGAUACAGACACUAAGAGAUUGCAAGAUGGAACCAUUGUGGUUACUACCAAGAAAGUUACAACAAUUCUUGGAACUGAUAAGCCUAAAGAGCCAGAAACUGAAUACGUUCGAAGACCAACUUCAGUCAAUGUUACUGAGAAAGUGGUCAAAUCAUCGUCCCAGAGGAAUGUAGUGAAUAAACAGAGUCUGGUAGAAGAGAUGAACGUUGUGAAGCAGGAUCACAAAUCUGUACGAAAUAUUAUUGAAAGGACAACAGAUACAGAUAAGACCAUUCGAAAUGUGCGCACUGGCCGAAUUGAAGAUGUUAGGGAUGUUACAGAUAGAACAGUUGUUGUUAACGGAAGUCUUACGGAUAGACCUGACAGACCUGAUAGACCUGGUAGGCCUGAUGGCUCUGAUAGGCCUGGUAGACCCGGUGGGCCUGACAGCUCCGACAGGCCUGAUAGACCUGGUAGGCCUGAUGGUAGACCCGGUGGUCCUGAUGGUAGACCCGGUGGUCCUGAUGGUAGACCCGGUGGUCCUGAUGGUAGACCCAGUGGGCCUGACGGAAGACCCGGUGGCCCUGAUGGUAGACCCGGCGGGCCUGGCAGCUCUGAUAGGCCUGAUAGACCUGGCCCGGGAGGACCAAGCACAACUACAGUCUCUAGGACCGGAAAAACCACGAUUACAUCAGAUGAUGUCCAGAGAGGCGUUAUUCGUGAUGAUACUACCAUAACUAGAACUGGAAAAACGAUUAUCACAUCGGAUGAUACUAGAAGAGGGGUUACUCGUGAUGAUACUACUAUCACUCGAACUGGAAAAACGAUCGUCACUUCAGAUGAUACACAGAGGGGAGUUAUCCGUGACGAUACUACGACUUCGAGAUCACGAAUAACUAACGUGGAAUCGUCUACUAUUACAUCAGAUACAUCUAGAAUUGGACGUGAUACCACAAGUCAAUCAAGAACAACUGUGUCUAGAACUGGACAAGUAAUAAAUAAUGAUGUCGAUAAUAUCAGAACUGGAGGAACACGUACGCACACGACAAUCAUAUAUGGUCCAGGACCCGAUGAUGUAGACAAUAUCAGGACCAGGGAAACUACAACUCGCACUGUAACUACUAGAGGAGGACCCGUAACGAAUGACGUAACCAAUCUUAGAACUGGAGAAACGCAUACUCGUACAGUGGUCACUGGUGGUAGCACAGUGGGCAACAUCAUUCAAGGGUCUUCAACCGAUACUACAAGGUCAACCUCAACCAGAACCGGCCAAACAACGCUCAGUUCGAAUGAUGUGAAUAACCUCAGAACCGGAGGUACCCAGACUACAAUCAUUACCACCGGGGGAACGGCUGGAAAUAUAAUCCAAGGAUCAACAACUCACACCACAAGCACAUCUGGACAAACUAUUCACAGAUCCUCGUCAUCUUCAACUACAAACAGGAUCAUUCACGGAGGUGAUGUUGAACAUACGACUACCAGCCGAACAGUUCAACAGACACAGCAAACGACUCAGGGUCAAGAUGCAGCAAAUCUGUCUCAAACAGAUAAAACCUUCCACCGCAAAAAUGUCCUCUCUUCCUCAGCUGACAUUGCCAACCAAGUGUUUCAUCGCAAGGACAACUAUAGCACUUCCCACGACAAUCUCCACUCCUCAAACAGUCUCAGCUCGACUGGCAUGAUUCAAAGGAAGAGCAUCUCGAAUCUCCACGAUCAAAGCAUGUACACAAACACCUCCAGUGAUCGGCGAAGCUACAGCUCUAUUCAUCGCCAAAACAAGGAUCAUGACACCCGCAAUAUUAUGUCUGUUCACACACAUGUAAUCGAACAACCGCGGCGAGUCGUCCGAAAGGAUAAUUUGACGGUUGGCGGGGAAUGGUAUGGUACCUCCGAGUCAAAGAGCUAUGGCAGUUUCACAAGUGGCAGCCGCACGGAGCGCAUUGUCAACAGGCGUACGUCCAACCAAUCCAGCAUUUCGUUCGGAGAUAGCUCAAGUGCACCCACAACCGUACACCGAAGAGAGUACGUGACCGUGCACCAAGGACCAUGCCCUGCAACGCAGCUGCACAAGGGAACCUUCAAACACACGCGAGACACCAAGGAGCACAAGUUCUAUAAGCCAUCCAUCAACUGAAUCAGUUAGGGUAGAUUUAAGGAAGAGGCAUUGCAUCGAACCUCACCGUCUUGUGCACGUGCUGUCAGGACACCUUUCCGGAGGUUGUCCCCAAUCCACAUUUUCUCUACAUACCAUUUUUUACUCGUAUAUUAUUACGUUUAUUAUCAUUGCAUACUCGAAUUUUAUAAAGGAAAUUUUAUAAUAAAAAUUCAUUAUUACUACAUAUGCCUUAUAACUAGUGGUGCUAACAUUGUUAACUUUUUGAUACAUACGCGGAUAUUUUGUAAUACGUUAUGAAUAUUGGAAACUGAGAAACUCGAACUAUAGACUAACCUUAAGUUUAAAAGAAUAAAAAGAGUUAUUCAAUUCAAGUGCCUUUUUAAUAAAGAAAAUUUAAUUGAAAAAUAA